ACUCCAAACUAGUAUUUAUUUUAUUCGUAUCUAUUAGUGAAUUCUUGUAUUGAAUGUAUUAGUUUGUAGGAUUAUAUUAACUAAUAUACUUUUUUUAAAUUUGGUUUCUCACAUCAACCGGCACCCCUUGCAGAAUGCGAAAUUUACCUUUUUCAGCCUCAUCGUCUACUUGUGCCACCAUGGCUUGACCACCUUGUGCAAUAGCCUAAGGAAUAUAGUGGUGGCAAGAAGGAAGACAACUAUAACUUGUGUAUUUGGUAGGCCACUUGCAGAGAAGAUUAGGGAAUAUAAUUUUCUUCAAUUUAAUUGUUUACCACAAAGGAAGAAAAUCUAAAAUGAGCCUCUACAAAUGGGAAUUCACAUGAAAGUGUGUCACCUGCUACUGGAUGUCAUCUUGGAAAGAAUUCUUUGCCAGUAUUAAAACAACACCGGAAAAUGAAAGGAAGAAGAAUUUAAUAAAACAGUUUUGCCAAUGCCACCCUUUUGAAAAAAUUGUCCUUGUGACAUCCGGUGGAACUACAGUACCUUUAGAAAAGAACACAGUACGAUACCUUGACAAUUUCAGUGCUGGUACGAGAGGAUCAGCAUCGACAGAAUACUUUCUCAAAGAAGGAUAUUAUGUCAUUUUCCUCUAUAGGAUAAAAUCAUUGGAACCAUUUAUACGCCACUUUGAUAACAAUUUCCUCGAUGUACUUGACAUAAAAGAGGAUGAUGAGAAGGCAAGGAUAGAAGUUACACCUGAUAAAAUAGAAUAUGUCCUGCCGAUCCUUAAGGCUUACAAAAACGCUAAAGACCGGUACUUGAGAAUCGGGUACAACUCGCUCACAGAGUACCUGUGGCUGCUUAGAGAAGCCUGUGAGGCUCUCAGCAAUUACAAUAAGGCGGCGAUGCUCUAUUUAGCGGCUGCUGUGUCUGACUUUUACAUUCCAGAAGAAAAUAUGCCAACGCACAAAAUUCAAUCUAGCACUGGUGCUCCUACAAUAUCUCUUCAACUUGUACCAAAAAUUUUAGAACCUCUCGUCUUAAAUUGGGUGCCCAAUGCUUACGUCGUCUCUUUCAAACUGGAAACUGAUGAUAAAAUCUUAGUUUCAAAAGCAAGGGGCGCACUGCAAAAAUACAAUCACAAACUUGUAAUUGGAAAUUUACUCCAAACGAGGAAACAUCAUGUUAUAAUAGUAACGGAAGACGCACAGCAUGAUAUUAAAUUGACUGAAGAAGAGAUUAAAAAUCAUGUAGAAAUUGAAAAGAAGAUAAUACAAGAUUUAACAAAACGCCAUGAAGAUUAUAUGAAGGCGUAACAAAAACUACUUUUUAUUUGUUACGGUAGUUUACAUUUAUAGACAAGUCGUUUUAUUAAAAAAAUUAGGAAUAAAGAAGGCUAGAAAGUGGUCAAAGGGUCUUGAUAAAACACAUUCCAUGCCAAGUUCACAAAAGUUUGGAAAAAAAGAUAAGCAGAGUCCUUAAAAAAUUAUUAUUCUUAUAUGUAUAAAUUUUAUACAAAGGAGACUCUAUAACAGAUCCAAACAAGUUUGAUUUUUUAACAACUGUAUACAAUUUUUUGCAUACAAGCACAACAAUUCAAAAGACUAUAAUAAGCAUUUUAAAAUGAUAAAACCAGUAUCAUAAAGCAUGCACUAUGUUUUUCCUGUAAAGAUAUAAGUAAUAUAUAGACUAGCAUCCUGCUUAUAUGCUAUAAGUAAUUUAUUUUUUAGAUAUAAAAGAAUAAAUUGUAUAAUAUAUUUUAUUAAAAUAUA